GUUUACUACCAUAGUAGGGAAAAAAAAUACUAUGGUAGUCAAUGGGGGGCGAGAUCUGCUUGGUUACAAACAUUCUUCCAAAUAUCUUCCUUUGUGUUCAGCAGAACAAAGAAAUUCAUACAGGUUUGGAACAACUUGAAGAGAAGUAAAUUAUGACAGAAUUUUCAUUUUUUGGGUGAACUAUCCCUUUAAGCAUCUCUAUGCCACAUUUCAAACCAUGUCUUAAACACAAAUUGUAAUUUAUUUCACAUUUACAUUAUUAUUUUUCUCCAAAUACAUGUCUGGAAAUGCAUUAUAUUUUGGAGCUAGCGAAAAACCCAUAGUCUUUAUUUUAAGAGUAUGUUGUUAUUUAAACAAUUCAUUUGGGUGAUCAAUUACUAAUCAUUUUACUUAGGCUUUUUCAGAGUGUAAAGUGUAAAAUAACAGUAACCAGUAAAAUAAAUGUAGUCUUGAGUUACUUGGCUUACUCUUCUAAAGUGUUAAAUUUGUGUCUUUUUUCAAUGUGAGAACCAUCUUUAUAAGCACCCACUUAACACUUUCUGUGAUGAGGUGAAAAAUGGCUAUUUAACAAACAUUGCGAAAAUUGGUUGGCAGUUUACUUUUUGUUGAGUGUCUCUAAUGCAACAUACAUUAUGAUAACUAAGCAAAAGAAAGCUUAAUUAACUUAUAAAUGUAUACAUUGAAUGUAACAUAAGCCGCUUUGGAUAAAAGUUUCUUCAAAAUGCAUAAAUGUAAAUGUUAGUUCUUUACAUAAAAAAAAUGUUCACAAAAUAUGCCAAAAUAUGUUGCUGUAAUAUGUUAUAUAACAUAAUUUAAUGAUGUGCUAGCAACUGUUGUAAGAAAUAUUUUAAUACAAUUAAUCACUAUAAAUUAUUUACUGAAUCUUUUUUGGUGUUAUUAGAAACCUUAACAUUCAAUACAAACACUAUAAGAUCGUUGGAUUUCUUAUCAAUGAGUGGUGUAAAUAGUUCUGUUAGUUUACACAACUUUCAAGUACUCAUACAUUUACAUGCAUCCACUUCCACACCAUCCACAGCUGAGGAAGUGGACGGUGGGCUCCGACCUUUUCAUUUGCAAUUGAGAUGACUGUGAACAGUUUUAACACAUAUCCGCGCACAAGAAGGUUUGCUUUGAGGAUUGCUGCGCUCAUUCAUGCCCUCCAAUAAAACUCGCUCCUGGCCUGUAGCCUAAAGCUGCGCCGUUUCCUUUUUGAUUCUGAUGUUGAUAGGCUCGUUUACCGGCAUUCUUCUUUCAAUGCGGGGAGCCGGGCCAUGGCCAUUUUCAUGGUCACACCACCUGCGGGUAUCUUGAGGUGACAAACCAAACGAAACCCAGGGGGUAUCGAGGAAAAAAUCAGUCUUUUAAACCGGUAGUUAGGCGUGGUGUGAAAAUUCACCAUCACACGUCCCAGCUCCCACUGCGCAAACCUGCUUCUGAAUUGGAGAGGAGUCCUAAAAGAUCGAGUAACGUAGCUGUCGUAAUAAAAGAUUCAAUGAUGUGACGCUUUUUUUUUUUUUUUUUUUUGUGGUCCGGAUCUAAAACUCAUCAAUUUGAUCCAAAAAAAAAAAAAAAAAAAAACGGUUGAAAACGCAAUUUGUAUAAUAAGCAUAUUUCAUUUGUUGAAUUACAAUUAUGUCAAUGUGGUUCAACUGUCUGUAGAUUAACAGGCUUAAAUUAGCCUAUAUUUAAUCAUUAGGCAUAUGUAUUAAAAUAAGAACUGAUUUUUUAUUUUUUAUUUUUUAUUUUUUUUUAUUAUUGUAAACAUUAUUUAAGUUUAAAAACAAAGCCAGUGUGGCAUAACUAAGAAAAGCAUUUUGGUGUCAUGUAACAAGAAAUGUAACUAUAAAAUAGACCCAAAACAUAAAAACUUAGUUCAGGUCAAAUAACGUCACAAAAAAUAGGCCUAUUAAAAAUAAAACAUUAAUGCUAAAAUAUAUAUUGCAUAUAACAUAUGUUUGAAAAUAAUUACGUUAUUAGCGUGUUGGCAUAAGCAUUUUAAAGAUGACGUAAGUGCAUUUAAUAUUUCAAUUCUGAAGGAUAAAUGGCUUUUAAUAUUAAGGAUAAAAAUGUCUUGAAAUCUCAUUAAAAGCUCAUAAAAGUUGACCCUAUUAAAGUAAUUAGCUAAUGUUAUCAAAUAUGGCUAAUAAUACACGUUUGUUGCUAUACAGUAUUAGUAUAGCGCCCAUACAGAUGCUCUAAUGGGAUGUUUAGGAGCCACAUCUCAUCUGCGAAUUGUUUAAGCAGGUCAAAGCCCCCCACACCUGCCUGCCUAUCCUGAAUCCCUGCGGUGACACUCCACUCCUAUUGGUCUGACCAUCGGCGGACCAAAGACAGAAUGCGUGUGGCCUCUCAUAAAUAGCCCUCAUUUCCAUGAGUCCUGCAAACCGACCACAACCUUCACCAACCACAAGUCGCGUCCAGCACAUUUGGGGUCUCCAACCAUGACCCUUACACAGGAUUACGAAGAAGUGCAGCGUACCCCCGUCUCGUUUGAAGACGAUGAAAUGAACAUAGUUGGAGGAGACCACAGCGAUAGCGACCGAGAGUAUUUCAUCAUGCCUUGCGGCGACCCCACGGAGGUGGAUCACUCAGGGUCCGAGUCUUCAGGAGAGAGUGAGAGUAGCUUCUCCACCACGUCCGCUCCAAAACAAACCUCCGCCGUCAAGCCUCCGUAUUCCUACAUCGCUCUCAUAACCAUGGCCAUCCUCCAGAGCCCGAUGAAGAAACUGACCCUCAGCGGCAUCUGCGACUUCAUCAGCAACAAGUUUCCCUACUACAAGGAGAAGUUCCCUGCGUGGCAGAACUCCAUCAGACACAACUUGUCACUCAACGACUGCUUCAUUAAGAUCCCGCGAGAACCUGGAAACCCGGGGAAAGGGAACUACUGGUCCCUGGACCCUGCGUCUGAGGACAUGUUUGACAACGGCAGCUUUCUACGCAGAAGAAAAAGAUUCAAGAGGAACCAACCCGAGUUCACCAAAGACAACCUGGUGCUCUACCACCCAACGUUAAGUUAUCGAGCAUAUGGGCGACCUUACUGCGUUUCUGGGCCGGUGCCAGCCCAGGCUAAUCCUACUGGAUAUUUGCCAGUGCCGGAUGGCAUCAUGGUGCCCCCUCCAUAUUUCCAGUAUCAGACUCUCAACAUUAAGGUCCACGAAGCUCCAGAAAUCCAACAAAGGCCCGAGCCCAAGACUCAGAAGUGUUCGUUCAGCAUUGACAGCAUCAUGGCUAAAUCAACGGCGUCUCCUCACAAAAACUCUCCUCAUCAUCUCACACCUGACUACAGUUAUGUAUUUCCCAGGCCAACGUCAUGCGUCACUCCAAGUUUGUUACCGGUGCCAACAAGGACUCCUCUGCUCAAGACUGUUCCUUUCACAGAAACUCUGCGGAUGGUGUAUCCUCACUGUUGAACUGUCUGGAGGAAAAAAAGAAAACUCUUGUCAUUUUAAAUAGGAUUUUUCUGUCAUUGCUCUUAUAUGAUAGUUUUAAUGUAAAUAAAUAAAUGGUAAUAUAUUUGCUAGUCCUGGAAAGUGGAUGUAUUAAAAUGCCUGUUUAAAUAAACCAUCAUUGUCAAAAUUCAAUUAUGAGUUCUCGUUAUUCGUUGCAAUUAUCUCGUGUUAAAGUUUUCAGUAGAUAAUUAAAUGAAAUAGCAGGGCUAAGUACGUUUUGCUCAUUCAACUUUAUCUUAUAAAGCCAAAACCCUGGCUAUUUUUAGAUCGCUUUUGGAAAAAGGUUGCCUUUAUACUGCAAUUCAGUACAUAUUGGCCUACAGAUUUCCCUCUGUCAAUGCAAGCAAGUCAUUUGCUACCAUUUUAUGUCCACUAGAUGGAGACUGAAGCUUGUGAAAUCAGUCGCAUUCAAUGCAUUGAUUUGAGUUGAGACGCAUGUGCUUGAUCGAUUAUUUCGAUUGAUUUGCUUUACUUGAAAAAUAUAGGAUAGUAAUCACUUUAUACAAUCUUAUAGGCUAUAAUCUGUCAUUUUCAGCAUUAACAAAUAGUUGUCACACUUGCGUGGACAAGCAUGCCUAACCUCCUAAGUAUUAGUAUUUAGUAUUUUUUCAUGUCCUUACAUUGUUUAGACUGAGCAUAAGAAACAAAUUGUUUUUUUUUAAAUAUAUUUUAUUCAUAUGUUAUGCUAUGUCCUAGUAAGUGGACUCCAGGACUCAGUUGUUUAAAAAAUAAAAUGACAUGUAUAGGCAAAAUCAGUGGGACUUUUUUUUUUUUUUCAUCGACCAAUCAGGUUUUAGGAUGUUUUAACCAAACUUUGUUUAAAGAUGAUUCUCAACUGUUAUGAAAGAUUUAAUGGAAAGAAUUGAUAUACCAUUUUACUUUAUUCAAUAUGUGGGUAAAAUGCCCAUACAUGGGGUUUCCCAUUCAAUGCAAUGUAUCUAUACAUUAUCUAAUUUGCAUAUUAAUAUGUUCUUGGAGCAACAUGUAAUGAAAAAAGAAGUGUAAUAAUGGAAGUAAUAGUUGGCAACAUGUUUAUAAUAUGUAAUAUUUCAUAUAGGAAUAUUGAUAUGUAAUUUCUUUCCCUAUUGUUGUGUCUCCUAAAAUGCCUGCUGAACAUGAUUUAAGUCCUGGUGUCCUCUACUGACAUGUGAAAUCAAUGUCCUGUUUUGUAACAGAAAGUCAUAUUUUGAUUAGAAACCCCAUAACAUUUUCCUGAUUUAUAACAAACAAUUUGAAAAUUAGUCAGAUUUAACUAAUAAUUACAAAAUAUUAUCAUAUUUCCAUCAUUCAGUCAUUUUUAAAGACCAAAGAGAAUUUGUUGUCCCGGUGAAACCUCCAAACAUUUGGUAUCUAUGAAAAGCCCUGAAUGUGCUCUUUGCAGGACAUCCAGACUUAAAACUGUGACAUGUUGUCAGAGAAAUUCACUAAUAUAAUGUCCUCGUACGAUGACAGAGGGAUACAGGAGGUUAAAAUAAUAAGAAACA